GUGAGCAGCGAGCGCCCGCCGAGCAGUCGUAGCGCCAGCCAAGAUUGCGCGGACGAGGAGCGGCCGGAGCAGGGGCGCUCGGAUGAGGCCCCUGGUCAGUGCGACCGAGCAGCUGCGGCGAGUGAGGCGCCAGCCCAAGUGACAGGACAUGGUGGAGCUGGUGGUCGCGCCGGAAGAGAGCAGCCAAGUCUGCGCCACAGCAGACACGCAGCACGGCGCCGGCCGACGGCGCCAGCCCUCGACGCCGGCCACGACGACGGCGACGACGACGACGCCGACGACGACGCCGACGACGACGACGACGACGACGACGAUGCUGCGGGAGCCGGCGGCGCGCCUGCCGGCAGCGAGCAUCAGCCACGCCGCGACGGCGCUGGACUGCUCCGUGCAGCCGAACCGGAGCUUGCCGCUGCGGCCCGCACCGCCGGUGCCGCGCCGCACCCACUGCCGACCUCAGCCACAGCAACAGCGUCGCCUGCUGCCGUGCGACGACCGCGGCUCCGGUGGCGCCGCAGCGACCGCCGAGCUCCAAGACCAUCGACGGAGGGAGAGCGCCGCUUCGGACUACGCCAAAGAGCCGAGAUACCAGCCGAAGAGAUACCCGAGCCAGAACGCGGAGAGUUGCUCGUUGUCGGCAGCGGCGCGCAACGGCGAUGGGCCGCGCAUCAUCAAGGACAUCGUCGUGGACGCCACCAAAAUGGUACCGCCGCUGAGACUGAAGAAGCUAGCCGCGGCUGGUCAGCAGCAGCAGUCUCAGCCACAGGCAGAGCAGAGGCAAAGCGAAGACGAGUCAAAGUACUGUAUCGUCAAGGAGUCGACGAGUGCGUCAGGUGGCGAACCGACGACGCUGAACGAGCUGAAAAUGGGCGGUGAGAGAGUCGUCGGCGACGAGCCGAAGAGCAUCGAGAUCGUCAUCCCGUCGAUACCCGAGCUCGGCAUCAAAGAGACGCGGACCGACAUGAGGAUCAACGUGGCGCAGGACAGUUCGGCCAGCAGACCGUUCAUCGUCAAUUACGUGCUCUCCAACGACUGCAAGUACCCCACGAUAGUGCCACUGAACGCGAAGAUGCCGGGCCAGACCAUGCCCACGCCCGAGCCGGCGGGCAGCGGCCGCGGCGGCGGCAAGUCCGAGCCAGUCAACCUACCGCCGAGCCCGGCGAGCAGCAGCGACAAGCUGUCGGUGCGCUCGAUGCCGCUGCUCGGCCUCGAGGACGCCGACGAGGUGCAGAUCAUCCUGACGACGGCCUCGCACGAGAGCAGCCCGUGCAAGUCGAACGCGGCGAGCAGCCACAGCGGCAGCGAGGUGAGCGUGUCGGAGCGCCGGCGCCGCUGGUACGUGCGGCGCGAGCAGCUGCGAGAGAAGUUCCGCGAGCUGCGCGCCCAGGCGCUCGAGAUGCGGACGCAGAUCGACGCGUCGCGCAGCGUGCUGCCCGAGGACAGCGCCGACCGGCCCAAGUUCCAGACUAUCAUCGACGACUGCGACGCGCGCAUCAACGACCUGUCCGCCAAGCUGCGCAAGCUCAGCGAGGCGACGUCGGCCGAGCGCUUCGACGCCUACUGCGAGGAGACCGGCGAGGACAAGGUCUACGACGAUGCCGACGACGGCGAGGACGACGUCGACGACGACGACAACGACAACGACGACGACGAGAACGAGGCGGCCGCGCCGACGCCGCCGCCGCCAGCGCGCAGGCGCUCGUCCGCCGACGAGUGCCGGCGGGUCGCCGAGGAGGCUGCCGUCGGCCCGAGCGACAAGAUAGCCGCGCGCUCUGGCGAGGCGGGCAAGGCGUCGCAGGCGUCGCAGGCGUCGCCGCUGGCGGAGCCGCAGAGGAGGACGCCCAACGGCUACUACGCAGCGAUCCCGAGGGAGCUCGACAGACCGACCGGCUACGUCGUCCGGCCCGCGAAAGCAGUGAAUGGCGUAAUAGUGGAGCCACGAGCCUCGGCGCAACAGCAUUAUCAGCGUCAGCAACAGCAACAUCAGCAGCAGCAGCAUCAGCAGCAGCAGCAUCAGCAUCAGCAGCAGCAGCAGCAGCAGCAGCAGCAUCAUCAUCAGCAGCAGCAACAACAGCAACAGAAGCGCGGCUACUCCAGUUUUCUGAUAGACGAGCUGAGCGCGGCGCCGCGAACCAGCGCCGCGCGGGUGCCCGCCAACAGCCCGCGCGAGGCUCUCGUGCCGGGGGCGUGGGUUGAGUCGCAGCCCGGCGCCAGUGCCGUCGACGCGGACAAGAGGCCUCUCGAUCUGGCCACCAAGAGAUCGGCCUCGCAGGAGGAGCUGAUCAAAGAGGAUCGCAGGAAACGGAGACGAGUGUCGGACGUGUCAAGUCACUGGCCGGCAGCGGCAGCAUUCCUGCCCGCUCAACCGUUGAUCCAUCCGCAGCAGCAACAGCAGCAACAACAGAAUCAGCAGCAGCAUCAUCAUCAGCAUCAUCAUCAUCAUCAUCAUCAGCAGCAGCAGCAGCAGCAGCAGCAGCAGCAGCAGCAACAGCAACAACAGCAACAACAGCAGCAGCAACAGCAGCAGUUGCCAUCGUCGCCGCAGCGCAGUAGUCGCGAAGUAUUCCCAUUAGCUCAGCAAGCGCCACAAAUUUAUCCUUACGUACCGGAGGCAACGAUUUGGUCACCAGGUGGGAUAGUGGCUCAGCACCUCGAGCAGUCGACAAAUCUGACCGAGCGUAUCGUUCGCACUCACGACUACCGUGCGCUGUGGCACGACAAGUCGAUGUCGAGUAUCGUCAACGAGAGACAGUCGCUGCCAGGCGACUACGCGCUAGCCGUGCAGAGGGUACACGAGAGCGCCGUGACGCCCGAUCAAGUGAAGCCGCAAGAUAUCGCAGCGGCCAAGUCCCAGCCAGCGCUGAUCCAGCACCAGGCAAAAGUGCUGAGCGAGAUAAAGACCCCGGGCCUGAAGCUGCUGGAACAGGCGGCGGCGAGCGUGAACGGCAGCGUGGACCAUCAGAAUCAGCAGCACCAGCAGCGACUGCUGGCCGAGCAAUUCCCGAGCUUGCGCAUGUGGGUGGACGCGAUAGUGAAGAGGCAGACGAGCGAGGGGGGCGUCGCGCUGAACAAGAACGAGGCCGGCGACGGUCGGCAGCACUCGCAGCAGGCUUACUACCAGAUCGCCGUGCCGACAGUGUAUAAGCCGAUGCCCGUGGCGGCCAGCAGCGAGUUGCCGCCCGCGGUGCCGACCAGUUACGCGACCAACGGAGUGCCCGUGCGAGGCUGGCCGCCGGCCGGCGGCGCCGAGACGCCCGCGCGACAGGUACAUCAGGCGCAGCCGAGCGCCAGCCAGGUCGCCGCGGCGCAACGCCACCAGCCCUACUAUCCGACCGCCAUGGCCCUACCCUAUCCGCACAAGUUCCCGUUGGAGCUCUACCAGAAGGCUCCGGCGCUGAGCUUCCCGAGCGCCUAUCAGUACGCCGCGCCGAUCACCUACGCGCGCCUGUCGGGCGGUGCGCUGGAGGCCCCGGCCACCAUCACGUCGCAAAGCCGCGUGCCGCCGCUCAUCCCGCUGGCGCCUAACCAAUCGCCGUUGGCCAGAGUGCAGCCGCAGUGGGAGCCGGACAAGCGCGGCGCGGCGCUGGCCCUACCGACGCCCCAAGCACCGGCUCAGCGCCACCACCACCACUUCUACUCGCCGCCGCCGGGGCCGCAAGCCACCACCGCACCGGAUCCCCGGUACGGCAGACGCGCCAGCCUGGCCGACUACGCCAAUCCGAUGUUCGGCGCCGAGCAGGCCGCGCGACUCAAAGAGGUUUACGAGCAGCAGCAGAGGCACUAUCGUCAUCAGCAACAGCAGCAGCAGCAGCAGCAGUCGGCGGCCGAGCAAGCCACCAGACAACAGCAGCAACAGGCUGCGGCGAGGGCAGUCGCAGCCCCGAGUAAGCCCCAAGCUUACGUCCAGCAGCAGCAGCAACCGCAAGCGCAGAGCGCGACGAGGAACGGAACGUCGACGCCGUCGGCGAUCCCGAUCAGCCACUACUCGUCGUCGUCGUCGUCGUCGUCGUCGUCACCACCGGCGGCGGCGGCAGCGGCGGCGGCAGCGGCGGCGGUGGCGGGUUCCCACGCCAAGCAGUCGAACGGCAAGUACGCGCGCGACUGUCUCACGCCGAGCCUGGGCGAGGUGAGUCGCAGCCCGAGCGGCGCGCAGAGCCUGCGCUGCUCCAACUGCGGCGCGCCGGGCUCCAGCUUCGAGUGCCUCGGCUGCGAGACCAGCUUCUACUGCAACGAGGCCUGCCAGGCGCAGCACUGGUCCGUCCACGGAGCCCAGUGUCCCAAGAUCAUGCCGCGACUGAAGAAGCUCGCUUGAGCCCAGCGCCUCUCUCCUCUGUCUUUUCCGUAUGGAUAUUACCUGUAGGCGUGCCUGCAACCUGUCUGUUUUUCUGUCCGUCUGUGUCUGUCUGUCUAUCCGUGUGCGCGUUGACUCAUAGAUGUGGCUUUGGACGUGCGCGCGAAUACGUCUAUCGAGCGCUGGAGCCAUACGAUUGUGUUCAAUAUUUUCCCCGCGCCCCCCUGGCCCACCCUUUUUCCCGUCGUUCAGCGCGAGCGGCUUUAGCCGUUGAAUAUCGUAGUUUACUUGUUCCUCGUCUGCUCGUCUGUAUAUAAAUGAAAAAAGUUCGACACGCCGGUCGGAAAGUGCAACUGUGCCGAGCGCUCGGCGUAAAACGUGCGCCCGUGGUCGUCCUUGACGCGCGUCGCACUCGUAAAGUAUCGCGAGGCGACGUGUUCGCCAGCGCGAUUCCUCGUCUUUGCCGCGCAAUCUAGCCGAUGAACUACGAUGACGAACUAUUUUCGUUUCGGUGUAUAUAGUUUCGAGUUGAUAAGAAUUCUGUUGACAGCUGUGAUUUCUCUGCCAAUGAGUUUAAGCUUGUAGCUCGUAUAGACACUCUCGGAUAUCAGUCAAUUAGUAAGAAAAAAAAGCGAGACGCGCCAGAGCCCCGUAAUAACAUGCUAUGGCCAGCUGCGCGCCUCCUAUAUUGUAUAAGGCCUAUAUAUACUUGCAGUGUGCGCGAGAGCUGACGGUGAUUUAACGAAUUUUUGACACGAGGCCUUAAGAUAUAUAUUUUGUGAUGCGACGUCCUUUUAUUAAAUGCAAGUCGAAAUCAAAAAUAAAGUAAAUCAAAAGAAGUUUAUUGUACAUAUAUUUAUCGAUGAAUAGAAAAUGAUAUUUUUCUAUAUAUGAUGAGUUUUACUCGAGUAUCGACAAAAGCUGUGAGCAACUAAAGCUCGUAUACACAUAUAUAUUUGUUCAAGGCCUACGUUGAUGACAAGACGAAAAUUUUGUUGGUUUUCCUUGAUCUUUUUUUUUUUUUAAUUAUUGAACAACGUUUAGGCGUUUAGAAUUUAAUUUUAGAUCUUUUAUCCUUCUUUUUGUCAAGCUUUGAAGGUCGCGAAGAGCUUCUUCGGAUAGUUGAAAUAUAGGAUUAUAUGCGGAUAAUGUAACUUAUCGUCGAUAUUCUAAGUCAAUUGAAUAAGUAGUUUUAAGCGAGAAGAAAAACAAAUUUGUGAUUAACAACAAUGAAUCCUCAACACUUCUUAGUGAUCGUUCAAAGUUUAAGUGUUUUGCGUGUUCGAUGUGCACCUCCCCGCGCGGAAAAGCAGAACGCAAUGUAGAACGUGAGAGAGAGUGAGAGAGAGAGAGAGAGAGAGAGAGAGAGAGAGAGAGAGAAAGGGACGAGAACAGAAAAUAGAAAAAGAAACGUAAGGAAAGACGUAUUAAAUAUUACUCAGUUUAGCUAGACCAAUGUUUCAAAGACAAAUGAUGUGAUACAGAGUUAAAUGCAAUAUUUAAAGUAUACCCGUUUUAUCUCCAUGAUGUGUUUAGUCCCUCCUGUAAGUGUAUGACCAAAUACAAAGGCGAUAUGCAACGUGGGUGUCCGCUGAUCGAACGAAGUAGAUGAGAUGUCUAUACGUGCCCCGCGUUUCCGGUCGCAAAAGCCUCGCAAAGCCGUAAGGAGUUGACGUGCCCUCGACGAAAGUCCAAGGCUACUCGUCCCCCCCUGCCCCAUCCAUCCCUACGUAAUUCCUGCAUUUCAAUAGAUGUUGACAUUUUUCGUGUGUCCGUGUGCACUGUAAAGCGCUGUCACCGUGGUAAGAUCCGUCGCUUCUUACUUUUCCUCUCGUCGACCAUUACUUUUCCUUUCCUAUAUACAAAUUCUAUACGUAUCUUUAUAUAUUUAUGAAUCAUACGCGAACAUGUGUGUAACUUGAUAUUUUUGUACUAUGGAUAAUUUAUGUAAAACUUUUCGUACUUAAACGUGGCUCUUACGAUAAGUUGCGAUAGAUUGUCAAUUAUUUAUGAUGAUGCCCGGCGCGACAACGCCGCUGGUUUCUUUUGUAUUUUCAUCAGAAUGUUUACUUUGAAAUAAAGAUAAGAAUGCGCUGACAGUAAACUUAUUUGCUUGUUCUUCUCAACGUCUCGCACGAGUGCUCUGCAUCUUUCACCCCAGGACUACUCGCGUUUAUACCACUUUUACGCGCGCUGAUGGCGGCUUACUCAUGCGUGCGCGCAUCGCAUAGUUAAAGAAAUAUCGUCGGGAAAGUUUGAUAUACCGCGCAUACGAAUUCGCGCCGCUUUUCGACGAACUACGUGCAGCAGCAACGAAGCGAGCUUCGCGCUUGUCGUACACCGUUUGCUGACCCAUGAAACGUAAUAUCACGCAAUAUAUGCCGCAUCGAUCACGGUGGCUCUUACUAUCUGGUCAAAAUUAACGUUUGUUCGUUGCCAUGGCUAUAAAUUGCGAGCGGGGUUCGACACGGGCAUAAUGUUCGUUGGAUCUCGUUAAAACCAUUUUCAGAUGAUUGCGCACUUGGGCAAUAACAUAGCACCGACGACUGGAUUCGCGACGCAAUGUUUUUCAUCUCUUGGAAAAAUUCAUCUAUUCGGUUUUUGGCAAGUACGUGUAAACGUGCGCAAUGUUUGAUGCGCGAGCUC